CCGCUGAGAGAGAGAGCGCUGAAAAGACUCGCGCGCAGCUCGCGCUCCGUUACUCCGGUGAAGUCAUGGCAACGGAGGGACAGAGAGUGGUGCUGAUCACCGGCUGCUCGUCCGGUAUCGGGCUCGCGAUCGCCGUGAUGCUUGCGAGAGACAAGAUGAAGCGCUACUACGUCAUAGGCACCAUGCGAGAUCUGAAGCGGAAGGAUAAGUUGGUUGAAGCGGUGGGAGACGCAUACGGUAAAACUCUGUCUCUGCUCACGCUGGAUGUCUGCAGCGAUGAAUCUGUCAAACAGUGUGUCGACAGCGUCAAAGAUAGACAUAUAGACAUACUGAUUAAUAAUGCCGGCGUCGGUCUGGUGGGACCGGUUGAGGCUCUCAGUCUGGACGAGAUGAAGCAGGUGUUCGAGACCAAUUUCUUUGGCGUUGUGCGCAUGAUUAAAGAGGUGAUGCCUGACAUGAAGAGCAGACGCUCUGGACACAUCAUCGUCAUCAGCAGCGUGCUGGGCCUGCAUGGUGUGGCGUUUAAUGACGUUUACUCUGCGUCAAAGUUCGCCACGGAGGGAAUGUGUGAAGGACUCGCCAUCCAGCUGAUGAAGUUUAACAUCAAUGUGUCGAUGAUCGAGCCCGGGCCUGUAAACACCGAGUUUGAGAUGAAGCUGAUGACAGAAGUCUCUAAGAAAGAGUUCGUUGGUGCUGAUGCUGAGACGCUCAAUCACUUCAGGACCUGCUACCUGCCCACACAAAUCAACCUCUUUAAAGGCCUGGGACAAACACCUGAAGACAUUGCCAAGGUCACUAAGAAGGUGAUCGAGUCGCCACGGCCUCCGUUCCGUAACCUGACGAAUCCUCUGUACACUCCGAUCGUGGCGCUGAAGUACGCAGACGAGACACGCGGCCUGUCAGUUCGCACCUUCUAUCACAUGCUGUAUAACCUGGGAGGAAUCAUGCAUGUUAGCGUGAGAAUCAUGAAGUUCCUGAGCCUCGAAUGGUUACGGAGACGAGCCAUAGCACCAACCUAACACGCACACGCGCACACACACACACCCACACCCACACACACACACACACACACUCUCUCUAAAACUCAUGCACACUGCAAAAAAGGUAUCUUUUUUCUGUCUUUGAACAAAUUAAAUUCUAGAUGCAAAAAAAGUUUCAGAAAUAUUGAUCCUCUUUUUGUAACUCACAUCUUUUAGAGGAAGAGUCUUAUAUAAGAUGUCAAAAGACUAGUUUAAGAUUGUAAUAAAGCACUAUUUUAAUGCAUAUUUUUGUAGAGACUGACAGCGAUGUGAAUGUUAAUUCAGUGAGAGCUGAGGCUCAGAGGCUGCUGUGUCGCUCCUGUCAUAUAAAGCUGUUGUGCUCAUGGAGACCUAAUAAAGUAGAAAAGACCAUCAUUUCAGAAGAAGAGAUGCUGAUGAAGAUUUUCUGGUGAUCAAGCAGCAGAUUGAAGCUCUGAAGCUCCUGAAAGACUGGAAUUACAGCCAGAUCAACUGUGUUCAGCAGUGAUACUGUGAGUGUUUGUACAGAAUUCAUUUAGUGAAUUGAGUGUUAAAUCAGCGCAGACAGAAAAAUAAAGCAGACAAUCAGGAGGCGGAUUCAUUCUG